GCGAAUAAUUGUCGACUGAUCGUUAUAAAUUGUAACGUGUACUUUAUACACCUGCGUGUCAGUUGUUAAGACUCGCGGGUUAUUUAGCGUCAGGUAUCUUGGAAAUGCUUUGUGCUGGUCACAUCCAAGCUGUGGUAAAUCGAGAGGUGAAAGGAGAAGUAUGCAAGUAGUCUCGACGGACUGCAGUGGCAUGUGUGUAAAAAGUGAAAGAAAAAAUAACUGAUAGAAUUUAUAACGUCAUCAUUCGACGGUAUUAAUGACUAUGAUGAAGACGAGACAAGAAUGACAUGUAAUCCUUGACGGAUAAAGAAAAAAAUAAAUAAUAAUAAUAGUAAUAAUAAUAAUAAUAAUUAUAAAAAACAAGUACAACAGCAACUGGGAAUUCAAAGUGCCAUAAUCACACCGACGGGGAUUUAUCGUUAACGGUUUUAAUUUUAUUUUAACAUAACAAAUAAUAUAAUAGACCGGAUGCAAUCCCUGCGUAGCCAUAUUUCGCUUAAUGACUUAACUAACCGCGAAUAAUUAAAAAAUAUUUUUUAACUAAUUAACCAAAAGACUAAUCAGUAAAAUGUCAUGAGCAUUAACAUUUAUAAUAUACUUUGAAGAAGAGAAAUAAAUUUUGAAUAAAUAUGUCGAUUGCAGAUAUAUAUUUGUGUAAAUAAUUACAUGAGAACACGCAUGCGAAAGAACAGUAAAGAGAUUUUGAAAAGUGACACUCGCGUCCUCGCUAAUUCUCUCGACGAGUUUUCACUCUAGUGCGCGAAGAAAAAGUGCCACGUGCUUGUUCUUCAUAUAUAUUCAUACAUAAGUUUUCUUGUUGAGCAAGUCAUGCAACGUUCGCUGGCCUGUUGGAUAAUUUAAAAAUUUAUAAAAAACUAAAAAGUGUAAAAGUGCUGAUUUAUUACAAAUAAAAUGUCGACUCAGGCUUACUACAAAGAGCGACUAGGAUUCGAUCCUGCAGAUACUGUUGCCGAGCACCAUCGUGAGCAAAAGUCCCAGCACGGCUACGAGGAAUCACUGUCCAAGUUCAAAGACGAGCGUGAUGCCAUCCAGAAAAAGACCUUUACUAAGUGGGUGAACAAACAUUUAAAAAAGCACUGGAAAUAUGUAAAGACUUACACGUGUCUCCACGUGUGUGUGGUCGUCAACAACCAGCCCUGCUGUUCUCCUACUGCGAGCAGACAUGUCGGAGAUUUAUUCGAAGAUUUACGAGAUGGACACAACCUUAUAUCUUUAUUGGAAGUACUUUCCGGCGAACACCUCCCGCGGGAAAGAGGACGAAUGCGUUUUCACAUGCUGCAAAAUGUCCAAAUGGCCCUGGAUUUUUUGCGUUACAAAAAAAUAAAACUCGUCAAUAUAAGAGCUGAAGAUAUCGUUGACGGCAACCCCAAACUCACAUUAGGUUUAAUAUGGACCAUUAUUCUUCACUUCCAGAUAUCGGACAUUGUCGUUGGACAAGAACCAAACGUGACAGCUCGCGAAGCGCUGCUAAGAUGGGCCCGACGUUCAACAGCUCGUUACCCAGGUGUCCGAGUAACAGACUUUACAAGUUCCUGGAGAGACGGUAUGGCAUUCAGUGCACUUCUCCAUCGAAACCGUCCUGACCUAAUCGACUGGAGAAGCGCGCGAUCAUGUCAAGCGCGCGAACGGCUCCAUCAAGUUUUUUACAUCGCCGAGCGCGAGUACGGCGUUACCAGACUUCUCGAUCCCGAAGAUGUUGAUACCCCCGAACCGGACGAGAAAUCAUUGAUAACGUACAUCUCAUCGCUUUACGAUGUGUUCCCGGAGCCGCCGCCAAUCCAUCCUCUCUACGACGCCGAGGCCCAAAGACGCUCGGCCGAGUACCGCGAGCUCGCGACAUCUCUGCACAUGUGGAUGCGCGAGAAAAUAGUGAUAAUGCAGGAGCGUGCAUUCCCGCCGACACUUAUCGAAAUGAAAAAACUAGCUGCCGACAAUGCGAAAUUCAAAAACGAAGAAGUCCCGUCUCGUUACCGAGACAAGCAACGACUCACUCACAUAUUCCGCGAGCUUGAAAAAUAUUUUGAAGCCGUGGGUGAGAUUGAUAUGGAACAGGAGCUACACAUCGAUGUAAUUGAUAAAAACUGGAAUAGAUUGAUGAUGCUUCAUCAGGAAAGAGAACAAGCUGUUAUUGAUGAAAUCAAACGUUUGGAACGAUUGCAACGGCUUGCUGAGAAAGUACAUCGUGAAAUGAAAUCAACGGAUAAUCGACUUGAGGAACUGGAGAGACGAGUUGAAGAUGAAGCGCGUCGUCUUGAUCGUCUUCAUCCUCUGGAAGCUAAACAUGCAGUCGAUUUAUUAGAACAGGAUAUUCGCAAUACAGAGAUACAAAUUCAAAAUAUAUUCACGGAUAUUCACACUCUCACGGAAGGAAAAUACAGUCAAGCUGGUGAACUUCACAAGAGAGUACAAAAAUUGCAUCAACGCUGGGUGGCAUUGCGAUCUCUGUUGCAUAAACGGCUGGUGCAACCACUUUCAGCAGUUUCGUUCCCCGUUGAAGAACGGGUUGUCACCAAACAUCGUACUACCGUCCACGAGACUCGUUUAGUCGACACCAAUCCCCACUUCCGUAACCUCCAUGACUGCAUAGAUUGGUGUAAAAAUAAAUUGAAGCAGCUUCAAGAUGCUGAUUACGGAUCUGAUUUACCGGGUGUUAAAAAUGAAUUGGACAUUCAUCAAAGAGAACACAAAAAUAUUGAUCAAUUCCACAGCAAAGUUGAUAAAUGUAUUCAUGCCAAAAAUAAUUUCCAUGGAGAGGAGCUCGCUCUCUACAGCCAACACUUGAGUACAUUACAAAAAAUAUAUUCCGAAUUAUUGGUUACCUCCAAUAAAAGAUUGUCCGAUUUGGACACCUUACACGAUUUUAUACAAUCGGCAACUGGGGAAUUGGUUUGGCUUAAUGCCAAAGAAGAUAUUGAAGUUACACGCGAUUGGAGUGACAAGAACUUGAAUGUCCAAAGUAUCGUGCAAUACUAUGAGCAUACGUAUGGUUCUGGAGCGGAGAGUCUUAUGAACGACUUGGAAAAACGUGAAAUUCAAUUCUCGGCGGUACAAGACCGCGGCGAAGCUUUGAUGUUGCAACACCACCCAGCAGCUAAGACAAUUGAGGCUUACAUGUCGGCAAUGCAAAGCCAGUGGGCUUGGCUUUUACAGCUUACACUUUGUUUGGAAGUACAUCUCAAGUACGCGACUCAGAGUCAACAAUUUUUCAAGGACGUACAGCUAGCUGAUCAGUGGAUUUCAAAACGGGACGAAGUACUGAAUACUAUUUACUCACAGUCAGACUUUUCACUGAACGAGGGAGAACAUCUUCUCAAGGGCAUGCAAGAAUUACGGGCGGAAUUGAAAAGUUAUGGCGAAAAUGUUCAACGUUUGGUUGAUCAAGCUGGCAAUAUUGUCCCGAUGAAACAACGAAGACAACCUGUCACUAGGCCACUCCAAGUAACUUGUAUCUGCACUUACAAGCAAGCCAACAUGUCUAUUGACAAGAACGAGUUGUGUACACUUUAUGAUAAUUCCGGACGUGUUAAGUGGCGUGUUAAGAACUCUCUGGGUGUUGAAUCACCAGUACCUGGAGUUUGUUUUACCCUACAGCCGCCUGAUAAAGAUGCACUGGAUGCCGCUGAAAGGUUACGUCGUCAGUACGAUCGCAGUGUCUCUCUCUGGCAGCGUAAACAACUUCGUCUGAGACAAAACAGCAUUUUCGCAACGAUAAAAGUCGUCAAGGAAUGGGACUUACCUAAAUUCUUGGACAUGGGUCAAGAUCAGCGCACGACUAUCAGACGAGCUCUCAAUGAAGACGCCGAGAAACUGCUGUCUGAAGGAGAUCCCGCAGACCCGCAGCUCAGAAGAUUGAUACGUGAGAUAGCAGAAGUCAAUAGGCUGUUUGAUGAUUUCGAAAAACGAGCAAGAGCUGAGGAAGAAUCUAAGAACGCUGGUAGAAUAUUUAGUGACCAAGUAACUGCAUUGCAGCAAGCGCUAGAUGAAGCCGAAAGAAUUUUAAAUAUUCGCAUUGCAUCCCCAUUGUCACGUGAUCUUGAUAGUCUCGAGCAUAUGGUACUCGAGCACAAAGAUUUCGAACAAAAAUUACAGCGUCUAGCUCCUGAUUACGAGCAAGUACAGCAAACUUUCCGCGGUAUCACUCUAAAGACACCGGCAAUGCGCAAUAAACUUGAUAACGUGAUGUCUAAAUGGAAUCACUUGUGGAAUGUCAGUAAUUUGUACAUCGAACGACUCAAAUGCAUUGAAAUUGUACUGUCCGGUCUUGAAGAAAAUACCUCUGGAAUAACAGAGUUGGAAAUAAAAUUAGCCUCAUACAGUGAACUUCCGUCCGACGUAAAAGGCCUACAGAUCGUCCUCGAAGACCUUAUGAUCCUGCAGAACGCUAUUUCACAACAGCAAAUAUCAAUAGAUCAAUUGAAUGAUGAUGCACACAAUGCACGACGACUUGUUGAAAAAUCACGACCAGGUCAUCGCGGUCCGCACAGCGACAUGGAUCGUCUGGACGCGGAAGUUAACAGAUUAAAUGCCAGAUGGACAAACAUUUGCGGUCAACUUGUCGAUAGAUUACGAAGCGCCGAAACCGCUUACAGCCUCGCCCAACAAUAUCACACUUCUUAUCAAAAUGAAGUUGACUUUGUGGAUGAAAGCUACUGCAAACUUGAGUCUACUCCAGUUCAAGAACUAGAAACAGCCAAGAACCUGCUGAACCGAGUUUGUGAUCGCGCAGCAACGAUCGAAGUCGUAAAUGUUACCGGAGGAAGGUUGAUACGCGAAGGAAAGAUCUAUGGACAGCGACUCAGAGCGUUCAAGGAACAGCUUGAAGAGCUUUGUCCAUCGCUGGAUGCAUCUGUCAAAAGACCGAGACGUGAAUCCGUGACAACUGUCGACGUAAUUGCUCACGAUCUCGACAAUCUCAACAGGCGAUACUCAACUCUUGUCAGUCUUUGUCGUGAGCGUGUACACAAAUUCGCUCAACAGUAUCCCGAAGACAUUUCUCUACAGCGCGCUCUUCAAGAGCAACGACCACUGCGUACCUUUCGCACUGAGUUUAACAUCUACGAAAGUACAACCAGUGAAGAACGGUAUAGUUCAACUACAACACAUUACACUCAAUCGCAGUACUCGUCCGAGCGAUAUGAAUCGUCAAAUGAAACCCAGAGAGUGUCUUCACGAGAGACAUCGCCUGUUAAAAGCCCCUACGGUAAUCACAACAGUGCGUUCGUUGGUACGAACGGCGAUAGUACAUCCAGAGAUACCGAAAUCGAUGGAACACGAAGUUAUAAAACUAGUAUCAAUAAUAGUAGUAUGCAGAUUAAUGAAAUUAAAAGCCUUCGUAGAAGACAGAGAUCCUCGGAGGACAACGGUAUUGAUAUGGAUAACGUGAUAGAGGCCAGGGGGAUCAUCCAUCCCACGACUGGUCAAGUUCUUACUGUAGGUGAGGCCAUUAGUCUCAGGGUUCUCGACGUGAGAAACGGUAGGAUAUCUACUUCAAUUGACGGCAGAACCAGUGUCACAAUUGAAGAAGCUGUGGCGCUGAACCUCAUCGACGUGGAACUCGCGCGUCGUCUUCUUGGACCAUGCGGAGUUGUCACGGAGAAAAAUCGGAUGUCUCUGCUUGAAGCCAUCCAACGGGAACUGUACGACGCUGAGAAAACCGAGGACCGUGUCAAGGUAACGUGUGUGUCUACAGCUGGAAUUAGUGUUGCCGAUGCGAUGCGACAGGGUUUGUUGGACCCAGAGACAGGUCAAUUUGUCACAGAUAAUGGAGAGAUGAUGACUAUCCAGGAGGCGUAUAAACGGGGAUUUAUUACCAAAAUAAAUACUACUGUUAAAAUAAAACGUGGCGCAUUGGCGCUGGCUGAUGCCAUUUCUCAAGGAUUAGUAGAUGAUAGGCUGGGUCAGAUUGUUGAUAGAAAUACUGGCGAAUGUUAUCUUCUAGAUGAAGCUAUUCAACGUGGUAUUGUUGACCCAGAUGUACGAGAAAUUGUUGACACAAGAAAUGACACUAAAAUAACAAUAGCAGAUGCUAUUGAUCAGGGAUUAAUAAAUGUCAAAAAUGGAAAAUAUGUACAUGGUAUUAGUAUGGAAAAAUUGUCAUUUAAAGAAGCACGAAGACGUCAAUUGAUCGUUAAACCAAUGACGCUUAAAGAUUGUUGUGAUUUAGAAAUAAUUGAUGAAAAGGGUAAAAUAUUUAGCCCUAAUCAUAAAAGAAAACUUGGUAUAUUAGAAGCUAUAUCUGCUGGUGUUUUAGAUACUGAUAAUAUUAAAUCUGUCUCAGAUACUAGGUCUGGUGAUUUACUUACACUUUCAGAUGCCUUAGCUAGUGGAAUUAUUAAAGUUGAUUGUGGUCGUUAUUUAGAUUUAAAAACGCGAGAAGAACUAACCAUUCCUGAAGCCGUUGAUCGCGGAUUGAUAACUUCCGUAGCUCAAAAAUCAAUUUUUGAUAUUGACGGUUUCAAAGAUCCUAUUUCUGGGGAAUUUAUUAGUCUUAAUGCUGCAUUACUAAAAGGUUUAAUUAGUCCGAAAUCUGGGGGUUCAUUUGUCGUUGAUUUAAAAACUGGCCGCGCAGUUUCUUUUAAUGAAGCCGUUAAAUUGGGACACGCGCGUCCAGAAGUUAUGGAAAUGUUGAAUCGCGGUAUUGGGGUUACGGAAAACGGCCGGGAAAUUAGUGUACUAGAGGCUGUAUUAUUUGAAUUAUUAGAUCCGCGAACAGGCCAACUGCUAGAUCCGCGCACUAAGAAACCGGUUCCACUAGAGGAUGCUAUAAAACGCGGUUUGAUAACACCCGACGGCGCGGCUUUAUUAGCAAGUCUUCUAAAUAUUACUGUCACUACCCAGACUGUUACAAAGACAAUAAAACGUUACGUUACGGUAACGGAAACAGGUGAGACUAUUACACGUGAUUACAAAGUUUCUUACAGGGAUGCCAUUAAUCGCGGGUUGAUUAAUGAAAAGACGGGUGAGUUUACUGAUCCCGAUACUGGCAGAAAUUUCAAUGUAAGUGAAGCUAUUGAACAGGGCUUACUGAGUACUCCCGAGGCGAGAGAAACUGAAAGACCGUCGCCCAAGAAAACUCGUGAUUCCCCAUCGAAACAAAUGAUUUUCGAAAGUACUCUUUAUGCUAAAAUCAAUGAACCAACGCCUACGCCACCACCGCGUAAGAAAUUAUCUUCUCCUCCCCGAGCUAUUGGCACAACAACGACAAUUAUUACCCACAAAUUACCACAACCAGAUAAUAAUGAUUCGGUUUCAGUGAUAAAUAAUAAUAAUUCGACGAUUGUUUCUGUAGGUACUGUAGAAUCUUCCAAAGAAUCGCGUACUGAAUAUAUAAAUGAUUCCUCUGAAAUAUUAACCAGCCCUUUGUCACCUACUAAAACAAAUCGUUCAUUAAAUGAUCACGUCAGUACUGUAUUUAUAAAAUCAAAUGACGAUGACCCGAUUAAAAAAUCCGUAUCUUCCAAAGAACAAAAGAACCUGCGUAAUUUGACAAGUGAAGUCGAGACAUUUAUUGAAAAAGAAUCGACUUCCGUUGAGAAAAAAGUAUUCGAAUUACCGUCAGAAGGCUGGAUGCUCGCAGAUGCCAUCGAGCAAAAAUUGUUCGAUCCAGUUACUGGGCUCUUUAUAAUUCCUGGUACAGACAGACUUGUUUCGUUUGAAGAGUGCGUUAAACUUGAAUUGAUAAAUCCUCAGUCUGGUGUUGUCGUUGAUCCAAAUAACGGUCGGCACGUGUCGUUGACUCGUAGUUUAGAAAAAAAUAUUUUAGAUUCAACUGGACACUAUAUUCAUCCGCGUAAAAUUACAAUGAAAGAUGCCAUUGCCAAGGGUUUAGUUAUUUUAGAGCAUAGAUCAAUGGAAGUUGAUACGACAAACCCGCGUUUGAUUCAAAUUACCAAAGUAACCGAUAAACCUGAUAGAGUUCAAGUUGCAAGUGUUGAUAAUUCAUCAGAGGAUGUAAAAGUAUCCAAUUCUAGUGAGCAAUUAACUUCAGAUCCUGUUCAGGUGAGUCCAGGUAUUAUUUAUGAUCCUGAAACUGCUUUGGUAAUUUUUACCGAGUCUGGUAAAUCAUCAAACAUCUUGACGGCUGUGAAUGAAGGCACUUUAGAGACUGAAGCUAUCGUUGUAAAAGAUCCAGAAACGGGUAAUGAAAUUAGUAUGGCGAGAGCUGUUGAGAAAAAAAUAGUUAAUCCAAAGACGGGUAUUUAUGUUGAUGGAACGGGUCGUAAAAUUUCAUUGAGUGAUGCCGCGAAAUUCGGACUUAUUGCUGUAGUAGGAACACCUCUUGUAGCGGCGGCAGCUGCUGUGGAGGCUGUCAAAAAGGCAAUGAUUAAAGAUCCUAAGACUGGUGAAAAAAUUCCGCGAGAAGUUGCAAUAGAACGUGGUCUAGUUACCCCGGAUAAAGUGGUCAGUCAAUCGGAACUGAUAACGACUAGUGUCUUUAUCAAAGAUCCAACAACCGGGAAAGAUAUUUCUGCUGAUGAAGCUUUGAAAAAAGGUAUUGUUACAUCAGAUCAAUUUAAUAAACUUGUCGCUGAAGCAGAUCCUACAGUUAAAGUUGAAAUUAGUCAACCGACAAAUGAAUUUACGGAUCAAGUUGAUGACAAGGGACCUAGUUUAGCGGAACAAACCCGAUUUAGAGUAACCACUGAACCUAAAUACAAAGUAACUAUUGGUACUGCUAAAACAGUUUCUCAAAGCCCGGAGAGAGAAGCCAAAGCAAUAGUACUGCAGAAAAUGCGUAAGAAAAUAAUAACUCCCAAAGAAGCGGAGGAGAGCGGUUUGAUUGAUAAAGAAACAGUUGAAAUACUAGAAGCAACUAUCUGUGAAAAUAAAGAAGCACUGGUAGACGCCUUUAAAAAUAAUAAAAUUGAUCGCAAUAGUGGUAAAGUUACAGAUCCACAGCGCGGAGACGUCAUUUCUAUUCACGAAGCCGUCGAGCGUGGUAUCAUAGACCCAGAGAGUGGAAAUAUUUUAGUUCCACUAGCGCGUAGUCUUUCUAUUCCAGGAUUGUACAAUCAAGGAUUGCUGGAACGUGAAGACGGUAAAAUAAUUCAUCCCGAAACUGGACAGCAUCUGUCACUCAAUGAAGCCAUUGUUUGUGAAAUAGUUGAUCCUCUUUCGACAAUUACUUCACAAGAUGGCAAUAAAUUAACAUUACAGUCGUCCAUUGAGUCUGAUGACAUUGAUGCCGACAAAUCAAUUGUACAUACUGACAGCGGAGAUUUAAAUCUCGUUGAAGCUACUGAGCUAAAUAAAUUUGAUCGAAUAGAACCGACAAGUCCUGUGUCAUUGCCACCUGUUGGCAUGACUUUCCCGGUAGCUUUAAAUCGUGGAUUAAUCGAUACUGCCGAGCAAAUAAUAACUCAUCCAUUGACUGGUCAAGAAUUUACCGUCGAUGAAGCUAUUAAAAAUGAUUUUAUUAUGUCAUUACCAUAUCCAGCUGCACCUGAAAGUAUUGAAGUAACAAAAGCCCUUGAGGCUGGUCUUAUUGACAAAGAUAAGGCUGUAUUUAAUAAUCCAAAGACUGGACAUAUUAUUCCAAUAAAUGAGGCCUUCGAGUCCGGUCAAUUGGUUGUUGAAUCCAAACCUGAAACUGAAAGUAGUACAGUAACUGCCGUUACGGAGACAAUUACUUCGUAUCACACUAUUACAACGAAAACAAUUCAACUUUUACCCGGUUAUUCGUUGAUGAAUCCAACCCAAGUACAGAAUAUCAAAACCGGGGAAAUUAUAUCGAUAGCGGAUGCACAGAAACAGGGUAUUGUUAAAGAUGAAUCGGAAAAACGCCAAGAGUUUACGACACGUGAUAUUAAAAUGGCAUUUAGUGAUGCCGUUGAGCAAGGAUUUGUUGACAUGACUGCUGGUACAUACACAGAUCCUGAUACGGGAGCAGUAAUGACAAUUGGACAGGCAAUAAAAGAUGGUAUUCUUGAUACAGCCCAACCAGAAAUUACUGACUCGCCUAAAAAGGCAGCUACGAGUAUGACUGUACUGGAAGCCGUGGAUCAGAUUUACGAUGAGAAAACGGAAAAAUUCUAUGAUCCAGCGACAAACAAAUCUUACAAUCUAACUGAAGCCAUGGAAGCUGGACUUAUUGAAGCUGAUUCAGUAGUCUAUGAUGUUAAGUCGUCAGCUCAAAUCACGACUAAAGAAGCCGUUGAACGCGGAAUUUUGGACUCUAAAACCGGAAAGGUUAAAAAUGAACGUGGAAACUCAAUAUCUGUUGCAGAAGCUGCUAAACUUGGACUUUUGGCAGUCGUGGCAGCGCCUGUGCUUGCUGGAAAAGCUGUUGUGGAUGCUGUUAAAAAUCGCAAAUCUGUCGACAGACGGCCCACGAUGUCACCAGUACCAGAGAGUCCUGCUCAUCAACCUCAUGCUGUAAAAGACAAUAAAUUAAAAGAGACAAUUGAAAAGUCAAAAAUAAAAGAAAAUUUAAUAUCUGAAAGUAAAGAAAGUGAACGAAUGGAAGUUACACCAAUUCAAGACUCACGUCCAGUUCAAAUAACUCUCGAGGAAGCUAUUGAUAAUGAUCUCAUUGAUCCUAGCACAUGUAAAAUAGUUAUUGGACAACGUGAAUUACCGUACACUGUAAAAGAUGCCUUAGAAAGUGGUGAAAUUCAACUCACUGAAACAGUUAUCGUGCUGAACCAAACGCGUAUCAGCAUAAUCGAAGAAAGACCCCGAUUUAGAAUAGAAAUAUUCCGUAAUUUAACACCUCAAUAUCUUCAAGACCAGGGAGUUUAUGAUAUUGAAUCGGAAAAAUUCAUAGAUCCUUAUACCGGUACGACAAUAGCUUUCAACGAAUUUGUACUUGAUCUCGAGAUUUUUGAUCCCGAUAAUGUCUGGGUCAAAGAUUUGUCAAGCAAAACCAAUGAGUACGUCCCUCUGCGCGAAGCUAUCAAUAGACCUUUGGUAGAUAGAAAUAUUGGUUACAUGGUUGAUCCAAAAAGCGGCAAGAAAAUUCCAUUCUGCGAGGCCGUACAAGCCGGUAUGAUUAUCCAGCGACCUUCGAUAAAUCAAGAAGAGUCUUUGUCACUGACUCUGCAGGAAGCCAUUCAGUCCGGUAUCUGCGAUUCGAUGAGUGGCGAUCUUCAGGAUCCAAGAUCCGGGGAACAAUUGUCGUUAGCUGGUGCCGUUGAAAGGGGUCUAAUAGACGUUGAUUCCGUGAGCAUUCGUAAUCCCGUCAACGAUGAAAUUAUUCCACUCGCAGAAGCCGUUGAGUCUGGUAUCGUUGAUUUGAAUCGCGGAGUUAUAAUAAAUAUCGAUACGCACUCGGAGAUUGGUAUAAAAGAAGGAUUCUUGAAGGGUCUUGUUCUUCCUGGUCUGCGCAAACCGAUUUCAUUGGAAGCUGUGAUAACUAAAGGCUGGUACGACCCACAAUCAGGUAAUAUUGAAGACCCAAUGACUAAACAAUUGAUAAAUAUUGAUGAAGCAGUAGGUCGUGGUAUAAUUGACGCAUUUAUAACCGAGUGUCAGGAUACUAAAGCUGGUUCUUUCUUGUCUCUCGACGAUGCAUUGACUGUCAAACUCGUUAAUCCAAAGACUGGCCGUCUUCGCGAUACCAAGGCAGGCGAAUUAUUGUCACUUGAUGUGGCAUUAGACAAAAAAUUAAUCAUUACAACGCCAUUUGUGCCUUCAUUAAUUGAUGUUAUUAUUCAAGAAUAUUAUUCACCUAAAACUGGUCUCGUUCUUAAUCCAAUGACCGGCGAUGAAUCAACAAUGAAACAUGCGCUAGCUAUCGGGUAUGUUGACAGUAGAAUGAUUAAAAUCAAAGAUGAUCGUAAUGAAACAGUCAUUUCACUGCGCGAUGCCGAGAAAAGUGGACUUGUUGAUUUGGAAAAAGGUAUUCUGUUGUACCCGCACUCAAUGACACUCGAUGUAGCUUUAGAGAAAGGAUACAUUUUAAAUACAACCAAACCGUGGACAUUGCAAGAAGCUCUAGCUCAUCAGAGUUAUAAUCCUAUUACUGGUAGAUUUUUAAUGGAUGGCGAUAGAUUGCCAUUAGAUGAAGCCAUCGCCAAGGGAUUAAUUAGUCACGACAGCCCCUCGGUAAAAGAUCCGCGAUCUGGGGAUGUGAUAACACUUAACGAUGCUAUAAAACUUGGACUAAUUGAUCCCAAGUCCGGUACUGCGUUAGAUCCAUCAACUGGCACAGCUUUAUCGCUAACCGAUGCGAUGGAUCGUGGAUUAGUUGUUCCUGCAAAACGCAAAAUAUCUCUUCCCGAAGCUGUAUUUAAAGGUUUCUACGAUCCCAAGACUGGUCAAUUUACUAGUCUCGAAACACGCGAAAGAUUACCAACCGAUCGCGCUAUCAAAGAAGGUGUCAUAGAUACAACUUCGGCAAUCGUUAGAGAUCAACAUGGCGAAUUAAUUACAUUCAGUAGAGCCAUUAAGGAAAGAAUAAUUGAUCCCAAAACCGGUACAGUUGUUACUGAAGAGGGACAAUCCAUGGACUUCCAUGAGGCUUUUGAGCAAGGAGUUUUACUUGAAACCCGCCGACCUAUGAGUUUCAGUGAAGCUGUGGUCAAAGGUAUUCUUGAUAGCAAGACAAGCUUAUUUUUAGAUCCACGUACGGGUACCUAUUUAACGAUCACCCAGGCUAUCGAUAAACACCUGAUCGAUGCCGACUCGGUGACUGUUAAAGAUGCGAACGUUGAAUUCUCCAAAAAGAUAUCGCUCAAAGAAGCCUUAAAGAUCGGUCUGUUAAAUGGUACAACUGGCAAAGUCAAAGAUUCAACGCGUAACAACUUGGAAAUUUCACUGAGCGAAGCUUACGAGACGGGUAUCAUAGUCGACAACAAAGCCGCGAUUUCCGUUCAGCGCGCAAUACAUCAGGGUCUGUAUGACGAAAAAACCGGUAAAAUAAUUGAUCCAAGUACCGGUAGAUCGAUAACUCUACACGAGGCAAUGAGAAUGUGCGUCAUCAGUCCUAAGCUAGUUUGCUAUUGGGAUAAACGUACUGAGACACUACUAUCACUCGCAGAAACUUGUCGCGCUGGAGUAAUUGACAGACGUACUGGCAUGUUUAAAGAACCAGGUGCCAACUGUUCAAUUCCUCUAUCAAUGGCGCUUCAGUUGGACCUAAUUGUCGACAUUGAAAGUACUGGCUUCAGUCUCUAUGAAGCAGUACACAUGGGAAUGUACGAUGUACCUUCUGGUAAAUUUAUUCACCCAUUGACUAAUAAAAAAUUGACUUUAUCCGAAGCAUGUGAGGCUGAAAUGAUAAAUCCUAUAGUGUCAUUUGUCAAAAAUACCAAAACAAAUCGGUAUAUUUUAUUGUCUGAAGCAAUUGCUGAGGGUAUAAUUGAUGAUGUUCGUGGUACAUACACCCAAGUUGAGCUGGAUAAGGUGAUGAAUUUAUUAGAAGCCAAGAAAAACGGUUUCAUUGUUCCGUCUAGCAGACCAAUGUCUAUCGAAGAUGCUGUCAAGUGCGGGCUGUAUCGCGCUGAUAACGGUAAAUUUAUUGAUCCCAGUACAAAUGUCUUCUGUGACAUUGUCCAGGCUAUAAAUUCCGGUCUCAUUGAUCCCGAUACGACGGCACUGAAAGACACCACUAGCGGGCAAAUAAAAUCAUUGCAACAGGGCAUUUCCGAUGACACCAUCGACGUUGCUAGGGGACAGAUAUUAGAUCCUAAGACAAAGCGAACUUAUACCAUUGACAUUGCAUUAGAACGCGGCUUACUUGUUUCCAUUGACAAACCACUGACGCAACAGACUGAACGUAAAAAUUCAUUAGAAUUACUGAAGGCUGUAGCCAAAGAUAAAAUUGUUAAAGAGUGUAGUAUCGAGGAAGCCAUCAGAUAUGAGCUUCUAAACCCAUCCAAGUGUUUUAUAAAAGAUCCAAGAACCGGUAAAUUCGUAACUUUAAGCAAAGCAUUGGAUGACGAUAUCGUUGACGCGUCCAAAAGGGGAACGAUAGAACCACAAAAUGAAAAAAUGACACAACGUAUUAUACGUUUUGAAGAAAUAAAUGUAUUUAUCGCUGAGCCUAUUUCAUUUGAUUUGGCAGUAGAAAAAGAAUUACUGAACAUUGAAACUGCCAAGCUAACUGAUCCCAUUACAAAUGAAGAAAUAACUUUGAAAGAAUCAGUAACUCGCGGUAUUAUUGAUUCAGAUACUGUUUUAAUAAAAGAUUUGCAGAAGAAAAAAUUAGUUACAUUAGCAGAAGCAUUUAGAAAAGGAAUAAUGGACGGUGAUAAGGGUAGCGUUUUAGACACAGAGACUUCUAAAUUGAAUACGCUAUCAAAAGCCAUUGAAUCUGGACUAUUGACAACUCAAAAACGCGGUCUAUCUUUUAUCGAAACAUUGCAAUUUGGUAUUUACAAUCCCACGACAGGUGCAUUUAAUGAUCCCUUUACAGUGACCACACUAUUAGACCGUAAAAAACUGACACUGAGCCAAGUAUUAGAGUCAGGUUUAGUUGAUCCUUCGACAACUGUAAUAAAAGACCCCGUAACUGGUGAAAUAUCAAGUCUACCAGAGGCCAUUAGUGACGGCAAGAUUGAUCCCGUGGCCGGUAAAUUUCGGCAGAAUAAUUCACAAGGAAGUGAUCUUAACUUCGUGCAGGCCUUGGACAGGGGCUUCAUACUCGCAGCAGAAGCGAGGCAAGCGGUUCAAGAAAAAUACAAGUUGUGCGAUGAAACGUUGACUAAACUGCUGCAAUGGAUCAGUGACAUUGAAGACAAAUUGGCGAAUCAAGAUGUCGUUAAGGAAGACAUCGAAGAAUUGAGGAAUCAAAUAAAUAUUAUGAGACAAGUGAAAGAAGACAUCGAAGUCCACAGUAGACCAGUAUCCGCUUGUCUGGAUCAAGUUCGUCAAGUGGUGAUCACCGGGAGCGACGUUUUGUCAAGUGACGAAGUAUCAACACUAGAAAAGAACGGACGGUCAUUGAAGACACGUUACGAUAGAGCUGCUGAUCGUACUGAGAGAUUACUCAAACGUUUGAAUGGCGCUCGCGAUGAGCUUUCUAAAUUCAAGAAUGAAAUCUUCUCAUUCUCCGGUUGGCUGGACAAAGCGCGACGUAUUCUCGAGGAUAAAGAAAGAUCGUUGUCUGAUUUAAAUAAAUUGACAGCAAGUACUGAUCCAACUCGUGAUUUUAUCAGCGAUGUUAUUGCCCAUCAAGCGGAUCUAAGAUUUAUCACAAUGGCGGCGCAGAAAUUUGUCGAUGAAAGUCGCGAGUAUCUGCAGGUUCUCAAUGAAUUUAGAACGAGUUUGCCACAACGAUUGCCACACAAAGAACCAACUGCCAGUCAAGAUUCUCCUGUGCGUAAUGAAGUUACAAUCGUGACCGCUCAAUACAAAGAUUUAUUAUCUCGCGCUACUAAUCUUUCUGAUAGAUUGACUGGAGUCGGUGGUAGACAGCGUGACUAUCAAGAUUCCCUGGAGAAAGCGAGAUCGUGGCUAAAGGAAAUAGAACCGCGUGUCCACCGUGUUAUCUCUGAGCCAAUUGCUGCGGAACCUAAACAAGUUGAAGACCAACUGAGCAAAGCCAAGGCUCUUAAUAAUGAAUUCUUGGUAAAUGCACGGCUUAUUGAUAAUGCCAAGUCAAGUCUAGAGGCUUUGUUACGAUCCCUCGAGGGACAACUUACUCCCAAUGAAACUAAGCAGCUAGAAGAACCUGUUACUGCUAUUGAAGACAAAUAUCGUCAACUGUCAAACGCGCUGGCUGAAAAGUGCCAAGAAUUAGAUACAGCUUUAGUGCAGAGCCAAGGAGUCCAAGAUGCGCUUGAUGGUUUGGUAUCAUGGCUGAAUAAUGUUGAGAGUCAAUUCAAAAAUAUGCAACGUCCUGCUAGUUUACACAAAGAACGAUUAGACGAGCAGCAAAGAGAACAACGUAUGCUGCAAUCAGACUUGGACAGUCAUCGUCCAAGUGUAGAAGCCAUCACUACUAGCGCUCAGGAGCUCUUGAUAAAUUCUAGCAAUGCGCGCGUUGCCAAACGUAUUGAAAGUAAACUCAAAGAUGUAACAAGUCGUUACGAAAAACUUAUGGAUAAAUCUGUACGACGAGGCGAAUUCCUAGAUGAAGUUGUCCUGGCACUCAAUGAAUUUACCAUUGAAACAAACAAAUUUGACAGCUGGUAUUCCCAGAUCAUUGAGAUACUGGAGUCACGUGAGUUAAGUAAACUAGAUGUCGUGGAGUAUGAAAAUAAAAUGACACAACUGACAAGUAAACGCGAGGAUCAGCGUCACAAUUUCGAGAGUCUUAUUACCAAUGGUAAGAAUUUGGUUGGGAAAAAAGACAUAACUGACGCAGCGCAGAUAAGAGAUAAAAUCAAAGCUAUCGAAUCGCAAUGGAAGGAACUUGGUAAUCUUCUUGAUGAGAAACAGCGACUCAGUAAGUCACGUGCUGAACAACUUUCUGCUUAUGAAAAAUUGCGUGACCAAGUUCUGGACUGGUUGAAUCGUACUGAAACACGUGUGUCCCGUUUGCAACCAGUUGCCGUUGAUUUUGAUAAAUUAAAAGUACAAACUGAAGAAUUGAAACCCAUUCAAAAGGAGUACCGUGAUUAUGGCAAUACUGUCGAUAAAGUUAAUGACUUAGGAAUUGUUUAUGACAGCUUGUUGAAAGAACGCGGUGAGAGUCCACCAAGACGUCGCGGAAGUACCAGUCCUACUAAACGCAAUACCAUCACCAGUCCACUCCGCCGAAUGUCACAAGACGGUCGCUCACCUUCCCCCACUAAAACUUAUGCCGUUCAAAGUCCGGUAUCUCCAGGUGGUAGCAGCGGAUUCAGUAGCCGUCGCUCCAGCCAAGACGGUUUCCAUCUCGAGGAAUUGUCACCGGUACAGCAACAACUGUCUGAAAUCAACAAUAGAUAUGGGCUGCUUGGUGUCCGGUUGACUGAUCGUCAAACUGAGCUAGACAAUGUCAAGGAAGAGCUAAGAAAACUAUUGGAGAACUUGAAGACAUUGUCCCAAUUCUUAGAUAAGAUUGAACGUCAGUUGCCAAAAGAAUCCAUUCCUUUUUCGAAAGAAGAAGCUGACAAAACAGCAAAACUUAUUAAAGUUGUUGUCGAAGAAAUGUAUGAAAAACAAUCGCUGUUGGACAGCACAAAAACUCAAGUACGAGAUAUUGUAAGACGCAAGAAGGAUGCCGACGGUGCUGACAGACUCAAUGAUGAAUUGGAAGACGUUGCUAGCCGCUGGAAAUCAAUAUCCGAUCGUUGCAAGGACAGAAUUAAAUUCUUGGAGGACAUAAAAGAAUUCCAUGACACUUAUGAAAGUUUGAACUCUUGGCUGGGCGCCAAAGAAAGAAUGUUGGGAGCGUUAGGUCCUAUUUCAUCGGAUCCACGAAUGGUUGCUAGCCAAGUUCAGCAAGUCCAAGUACUUCGUGAAGAAUUCAGAUCGCAGAAACCUCAGCUCGAUCACUUGGUCGACGUUGGUGAGAGUGUACUCACCCGUUUGCCAAAUGACUCAGUAGAUGGACAGAAGAUUAGCGACAAAUUGAACAACAUACUUCAGAGAUGGACUGAUCAAGUCAACCGAUUGGACGAACGUGCUCAGAGUCUGGGUGACGCUGUUGACACCAGUAGAGAAUUCGAUGCAAGUCUUAAUCGUCUUCGCGAUGCUCUUCAGGGUAUCUCAGAUAAUUUGGAUGAUUUGCCGCUUGAUAAAGAUCCAGAGGAACAACUUCGCAAGAUCGAACAUCUCGAGCGUCAGCUGGAGGGACAACGUCCUCUUCUCGCGGACGCUGAAGCGGCAGGCGCACAAUUGUGUGAAGUGCUGAGUGAUCCCGCCUCCAAGUCUGAGAUCCAAGGAAAACUAGCUGCGGUUAAUAAAUUGUACAACAACUUGCAGAAAAAACUUGACCACCGCAAAGCUGAGAUUGAAGGAAACCUUCGUGAUGGAAGACAAUUUGAAGCUUCGUGCAGCAAAACACUCGGAUGGCUUGCCGACGAGCUUGGAAAUAUGUCUGAGAAGCUUUUGGUUUCAGCAGACCGUGAAAUUUUACAGCAACAGCUUGAUCAUCACGAGCCUAUUUACCGCAAUGUGAUGGGCAAAGAGCACGAAGUUAUAAUGCUGCUCAACAAAGGUCGUGACAUUCUUUCACGAUCAGCAAAGACAGAAAAUCGUACUCUACAACGGGACCUCGAUAAGAUGCAAAUGCAGUGGGAUCGCUUGAAAAAAGAUACUCUUGACAGGCAUACUAAAUUACAAACGUGUGCUGAGCAUUGCAAGAAAUAUUAUCGCGCGCAAGACUCUUUCUUGCCCUGGUUGAGACAAGCUGAAGACAAAUUAGAAAGUUUGAAACCCGCAUCAUUCAAACGCAAGGAUAUCGAGAAGCAGCUUAAAGAAUUAUCCUCAUUUAGAAAUGAAGUAUGGAAGCGAUCAGGUGAAUUUGAAAACAAUAAAACACUAGGCGAAACAUUCCUCAGCGCUUGUGAUAUUGACAAGGACGUAGUAAAGAAUGAAUUGAGUGCCAUGAAAACAAGAUGGGAUAAAUUGAACAACGAGCUAUUGGCGCGGACUCAAUCACUUGAAGACACUGCCCGUCAUCUGACAGACUUCAAUGAAAAUCUACGUGACUUGAAGCAUGGCUUGCAGAGAUGUGAAGAUAAAUUGGCAUCACACGAUGCACUGGGAGGUGCUUCUAAAGAUGCGAAACUUCUUGACAGAAUAAAGAACUUACGAGAAGAAACAGCGGCACUUAAAAAACCACUGCUAUCUGCUAGACAACAGGCCAAUGAUUUAGUCAACAACGCCCGGGAACAAGGUGUUGAUGCAACUCAUCUUCAAGAUGAAGUCGACAAUAUCACUGAUCGUCUCAAUGACCUUCAAGGAAAGCUCGAUGACCGUUGCAAUGAUUUACAAAGCGCGGCUACAGCUGUAGCUCAGUUCAAUGAUCAAGUUAAAGCGCUCACGUACGAUCUCAGCGAGCUGGAGAAUGAAUUGGAAUCAAUGAAAGCACCUGGCCGUGAUAUCAAGACAGUCCGCAUUCAAAUUGAGGAAGUAAACAAACUUAUUAGUAAAAUAAAUCGCGCUUCUGAUGAGGUAUCAAAAUUAGUAAAUGCCGGUGAGAAUUUGGUAGACAGCGGAUUCGCUGCUGAUGUAGUGGCAACGCGAGACCAAAUUGAUAUUCUUAAACGUCUGCUUGGAAAACUUGAUGAACGGGCUCGUAAUCGCGAUGAAGAACUGUCAGAUGUUUUGAAUAAAUUGCAAGAGUUUUACCGCAUCCACGCGGACGUGAUGGAUGACAUUAACGACGCUAGUGACCAAGUAAAGAAAUUCAAAGCCGUUGGCUCUGAAGUUGAUUCUAUUAAAGCUCAGCAGGAAGACUUCCGUGCCCUCAAGGUCCAUAAGAUUGAGCCGAUUGCUCGAGCAGUUGAUGAGUGUAAUAUGGUUGGUCAAGGACUAGUUCAGAGCGCAGCUCGUGAUGUAAAUACCAGUGGAAUUGAAAAAGAUCUUGAUAAAAUGCACGAGAGAUGGAAUGACCUUAAAGACAGAUUGAAUGAACGUGACCGCAGACUUGACGUUGGUCUUUUACAGUCUGGCAAAUUCCAAGAGGCUCUUGACGGGUUGGAGAAAUGGCUAGCCGACACCGAAGAAAUGGUAGCUAAUCAAAAGCCACCUUCGUCCGACUACAAAGUCGUCAAGGCCCAACUUCAAGAGCAGAAAUUCUUGAAAAAGAUGUUGAUGGAUCGUCAGAACUCAAUGUCGUCGCUAUUCAAUAUGGGCCAGGAGGUAGCCGCUGAGGCUGAUCCCAAAGAGCGUAAGGCCAUUGAGAAACGAUUGAAGGACUUGAUUGGAAGGUUCGAUGCAUUGACUGAAGGCGCUGCUGAGCGCAUGGACGCUCUCGAGCAAGCCAUGGCCGUUGCCAAAGAGUUCCAAGAGAAGCUAACGCCUCUGGCAAUCUGGUUGGACAAGACCGAGAAGAGAGUUAAGGACAUGGAGUUGGUGCCAACUGAUGAAGAGAAGAUCCAACAACGUGUUUCAGAGCACGAUGUUCUCCAUGAUGAUAUCCUGUCAAAGAAACCGUACUUCAGUGAACUAACAGAAGUGGCUAGUCAGUUAAUGAGCCUCGUUGGUGAAGACGAAGCCUCUGUUUUGGCAGAUAAGCUUCAAGAUGUUGCAGACAGAUAUGCAAGUCUCGUUGAUCGUUCUGAGGCAUUAGGUAGUCUAUUACAGCGUUCAAGACAAGGACUACGUCAUUUAGUUCUUACUUAUCAAGAUCUACAAGCUUGGAUGGAAAGUAUGGAAAAGAGACUUUCUAAAUACCGCGUCUUGGCAGUGCACACUGAGAAAUUACUACAGCAAAUGGAAGAUCUUGCUGAUUUAACUGAAGAAGUAUCGUCUCGUCAGACAGAGGUCGACAGUACAACUGAUUCCGGUUUAGAAUUAAUGAAACACAUCUCCAGUGAUGAAGCUCUUCAGCUUAAAGAUAAAUUGGAUUCUCUGCAGCGUCGCUUCAAUGAUUUAGUCACUCAUGGUUCUAAUUUAUUGAAACACGCUCAAGAAGCAUUGCCAUUAGUGCAACAGUUCCAUGACAACCACAAUCGUCUUAUGGACUGGAUGCAGGGAGCAGAGACGGCGCUACAAUCAGCUGAGCCCCGGGAAGAAGAAAUCAUUCGUUUGGAAAUGGAGAUAUCUGAAUACCGUCCAGUCUUGGAGAAAAUUAACACUGUAGGUCCUCAACUCUGUCAAAUAUCACCGGGAGAGGGUGCAGCUACCAUUGAAGGCCUCGUGACAAGAGACAAUAGACGAUUUGAUGCAAUCGCCGAGCAGAUUCAGCGCAAGGCUGAAAGAAUUCAACUCAGCAAACAGAGAUCUCUUGAAGUGAUUGGAGAUAUUGAUGAUUUGUUGGACUGGUUCAGAGAAGUCGACAAUCAACUGCGUGAAGCUGAACCACCAAGCAGCGAACCAGAAAUAAUUCGAGUUCAAUUGAAAGAACACAAAGCCCUCAAUGAUGACAUCUCCAGUCAGAAAGGUCGUGUACGAGAUGUUAUUUCUACUGCUAAGAAAGUUAUCCGCGAAAAUACUCAUCAUGAAGACACAGCGACUAUCAGAGACAAGAUGGAAGACUUACGCGAGACAAUGGAAAUAGUGUCUGGCUUGUCGUCAGACCGUCUUGGCGCUCUCGAGCAAGCUCUACCACUAGCUGAACAUCUGCGUGAUACUCAUGCUGGUUUAGUUGGUUGGUUAGAAGAAGUUGAACAUCAAAUAUCAAUGCUACCAAUGCCGGCAUUGCGACCUGACUUGAUUGCCGCUCAGCAAGACAAGAACGAAUUAUUGAUGCAGAGUAUCAAUGAACACAAACCAUUGAUUGAAAAGUUGAACAAGACCGGAGAAGCUCUCAUGCGUCUCUGCAAUGAUGAAGAAGGUUUGAAAGUACAAGAUGUUCUGGACAAUGACAACGCGCGUUACGCUGCACUGCGUGCUGAGUUGCGUGCUCGUCAACAGACUCUCGAACAAGCUCUGCAAGAAUCAUCCCAGUUCUCUGACAAAUUGGAAGGAAUGUUGCGAGCAUUAACAUCAACUGCUGAUCAAGUACAGGGUGCUGAGCCUAUCAGCGCUCAUCCUCCACGUCUACGUGAUCAGAUGGAAGAAAACGCAGCCUUGGCUGACGACAUAGCUCAGAGAUCUGAAGCAUACGCUGCUGUAAAGAAGGCCGCUGAUGAUGUCAUCAACAAAGCCGGCAAUCGCCAGGACCCAGCUGUCAAAGACAUUAAACGUAAAUUGGAAAAACUCAAUAAAUUAUGGGGUGAAGUACAGAAAGCAACUACAGAUCGUGGACAAACGCUCGAUGAAACUCUUGCGAUUGCCGAGAAAUUCUGGUCAGAAUUGAACGGAGUGAUGUCAACUCUCCGCGAGCUUCAGGACGCGCUCUCUGGCCAGGCUCCACCUGCAGCUCAACCAGCAGCCAUUCAACAGCAACAAGUCGCUCUGCAAGAGAUCAGACAGGAAAUCGAUCAAACGAAACCCGAUGUCGAGCAAGUCCGCGCUUCUGGUCAAGAGCUUAUGGGUCUCUGUGGUGAACCAGACAAACCUGAAGUGCGCAAGCACAUGGAAGAUCUAGACCAAGCUUGGGACAACGUCACCGCUCUGUAUGCCAGACGCGAAGAGAACUUGAUCGACGCCAUGGAGAAAGCUAUGGAGUUCCACGAGACACUGCACAACUUGGUGGACUUCCUUCAGGAAGCUGAAGACAAGUUCGCUGAAAUGGGACCACUGGGCAGCGACAUCGACUCAGUCAAAAGACAAAUCAAACAACUUGCCACCUUCAAAGCUGAAGUUGAUCCUCAUAUGGUGAAAGUCGAAGCACUCAAUCGGAGUCUGACAAGGCAAGCGGCGGAAUUGACGGAGAGAACAUCAUCAGAACAGGCAGCGGCGAUUAAGGAACCGCUUGGUGCAGUAAAUCGUCGAUGGGAUGCUCUUCUGAGAGGAGUUGUCGAGCGACAAAGACUUUUGGAGAAUGCACUUCUACGCCUUGGACAAUUCCAACAUGCCCUUGACGAGCUGCUAGUUUGGAUUGACAAAACAGACAGAACUCUGGAUGACUUGAAACCCGUCGCUGGAGAUCCUCAAGUGAUAGAAGUCGAACUGGCUAAACUUAAAGUUCUUGUAAAUGAUAUACAAGCUCAUCAAACGAGCGUAGACACACUCAAUGACGCCGGACGACAGCUAAUUGAAGACGGCAAAGGUACUGCAGAGGCUUCGACGACUGCUGAAAAACUUGGUACGCUUAAUCGCCGUUGGCGUGAUUUACUUCAGCGCGCUGCUGACCGACAGCGAGAGCUCGAGGAUGCGCUCCGAGAAGCUCAGUCAUUUACUGCCGAGAUUCAAGAUCUACUGUCUUGGCUGGGUGACGUGGAUAAUAUGAUUGUUGCUUCUAGACCGGUCGGUGGUCUACCUGAGACAGCGUCUGAACAACUGGAACGCUUUAUGGAAGUCUACAACGAGCUUGAAAUGAACCGUCCCAAAGUCGAGACCGUUUUACAGCAAGGUCAAGAGUAUUUGAAACGUGCUGGCGCUUCCAGUGCCGGUACACUCAAUCACAAUCUACGAAAUUUGAAACAAAGAUGGGACAGUGUCACAGCGCGGGCUAGUGAUAAGAAAAUAAAACUUGAAAUAGCGUUGCGUGAAGCAACUGAAUUCCAUGACGCGCUUCAGGCAUUUGUCGACUGGUUGACCAAUGCCGAGAAGGUGCUGACCAAUUUGAAACCCGUAUCGCGGGUUAUGGAGACGAUACUUGGACAGAUUGAAGAUCACAAAGCAUUCCAGAAGGACGUUGGCGUACAUCGCGAGACUAUGUUGAAUUUGGAUAAGAAGGGAACUCAGUUGAAGUACUUUUCACAGAAGCAAGAUGUCAUUCUUAUAAAAAAUCUACUGGUCAGUGUUCAGCACAGAUGGGAACGUGUUGUUUCAAAAUCAGCGGAGAGAACACGUGCUUUGGACCAUGGCUACAAAGAAGCCAGAGAGUUCCAUGACGCCUGGUCCCACUUGAUGAACUGGCUAGAUGACGCUGAAAAAACUCUGGAUGAGAUGGCGUCCGAGGGAGUUGGUGGUAACGAUCCAGAGAAGAUCAAGUCCCGUUUGAACAAACAUCGCGAGAUACAAAAAGCUCUGGGCGCGAAACAGGGAACUUAUGAUACGACAAUGAAGAAUGGUAAAACUCUGAAGGACAAAGCACCCAAGACCGAUGAACCAGCUUUGAGAGAACUGUUGAAUGAACUGAAGAGUAAGUGGACAACAGUUUGCGGAAAGAGUGUUGACAGACAACGAAAAUUGGAAGAGGCUUUGCUGUUCUCUGGACAAUUCAAAGAUGCUAUCCAAGCUCUGCUUGAUUGGCUACAGAAAACUGAGAAACAACUGUCCAACACUGGACCUCUCCAUGGAGAUCUGGAUACUGUUACCAACCUCGUUGAGCAACACAGGUCAUUUGAAAGAGACCUGGAGCUACGAGCUUCGCAAAUGGAAUCUGUUAUCAACACCGGCCGUGAGCUUGAAUCCAAGGCUACAGUAGAAGACGCCUCAACAAUACGAUCGCAGCUUUCUGAAGUUAAAUCCCUUUGGAAUACUGUGACACGUUUGACUGACAAUAAAUCCAAGCGACUUGAUGAAGCACUCAGAGACGCUGAGAGGCUCCACAAAGCCGUUCAUGUUCUUCUUGAAUGGCUGAGCGAGGCUGAAAUGAAAUUGAGAUUCGCUGGUCAGCUACCGGAAGACGAACAAGAGAGCAGAAACCAACUUAUGGAACACGACAAGUUCUUGCGUGAAUUGCAUCAAAAAGAAAGUGAAAAGGAUCAUACACUUGAGCUUGCCCACAUAAUUCUUGGCAAAUCUCAUCCUGAUGGAGCUGCCGUCAUCAAGCACUGGAUUACAAUCAUCCAAUCCAGGUGGGAAGAAGUCGCAACUUGGGCUCACCAAAGAAACCAACGGCUCGAAAAUCAUAUGCAAGGACUUCAGGAUCUUGAUAAUCUCCUGGAAGAAUUGCUGUCAUGGUUAGAGGGACUCACAAACACACUGGUAACUUUGGAAGCAGAACCUCUACCAGACGACCGUCCUACCUUGGAGAUGCUGAUCGUUGAUCACCGUGAAUUCAUGGAAAAUACUAGUCGCAGACAGGUUGAAGUUGACAGUGUUUGUAAAGCCCGUCAAAUAAAAUCCAUCAAGGACAAUCGGAAAAUGUCGAAAUCUAGAUUACCCGGUUCUGUUAAGGACCUCUAUCAAGAGAGUGAUCAAGAUGAGCAGCCACUUCGUAAGCAGAGCUUCAAAGGCAGUCGAGACCUGUUGCAAUCUCGCCGAGGAAGCCGAGCCAGUCCAGGUCGUGAGAGGACACCAGAUCCUUCGUUGCCGCAUAUUGGCCCGCGAUUCCCACCCAAAGGAAGCAAAGGAGCCGAGCCCGAGUUCCGUAAUCCUCGUGUUAAACUUCUUUGGGACCGCUGGCGUAAUGUCUGGAUGAUGGCAUGGGAACGUCAGCGACGUCUUCAAGAUAAGCUUAAUUACAUCGACGAGCUUGACCGUGUAAGGAACUUCAGUUGGGAAGACUGGCGUAAGAGAUUCUUGAAGUUCAUGAAUCACAAGAAAUCACGACUGACGGAUCUGUUUAGAAAAAUGGAUAAAAAUAAUGAUGGCCUUAUUCCGAGAGAAGAUUUUAUCAACGGCAUCAUGAAUACCAAAUUCGAUACGUCCCGUUUAGAAAUGAAUGCCGUCGCUGACUUGUUUGAUCGUCACGGUGAAGGUCUUAUUGACUGGAAAGAAUUUAUUGCCGCUUUAAGACCAGAUUGGGAAGAGAGACGAACUUAUCAUGAUACCGACAAAAUUCACGAUGAAGUUAAGCGGCUGGUGAUGCUGUGCACAUGCAGGCAGAAGUUCCGCGUCUUCCAAGUCGGCGAAGGAAAAUACAGGUUUGGUGACAGUCAAAAAUUACGUCUCGUUCGAAUCUUGAGAUCGACGGUGAUGGUGCGAGUCGGCGGUGGGUGGGUGGCCUUAGACGAGUUCUUAUUGAAGAACGAUCCAUGUCGCGCCAAGGGAAGAACGAACAUUGAGCUGCGGGAACAAUUUAUUUUGGCGGACGGGGUCAGCCAGACGAUGACGGCAUUCAGAUCAAAACCAAGUCCGACUUCGACACUCCAACGCACCCCAAUGUCUUCUGCUGGUCCAAUUACAAAGGUCAGAGAACGCAGUGUCAGAAGUGUACCGAUGGGCCAUUCGCAUCGCGCGUCAAGAUCAUCUUUGAGUGCUGGUACACCAGAUAGUCUCAGUGACAAUGAGAGUUCAUUCAAAUUGUCAACAAGAAAAACUAGUACUCCUUACAGAAGUGUCAUUACACCAAGUGGUAGCCGUCCAUCUAGCCGUCCAGCAUCACGACCGGCAUCGAGGCCAGCAAGUAGACCCAGUAGUAGACCAGCAUCAAGACAAGGUAGUAAACCACCAAGUCGAUAUGGUUCAACUCAAUCAUUAGAUAGUACAGAUGAAUCCGGAACUCCAAGUCGUAUUCCACGUAGAACACUAGGUACAACUGGAACAACGCCGACGUCAAGUCGACACAACAGUAUUUCUGGAAGAAAAUUAAUUCCUCCAGUAAACGGGUCAUCAACAUCUCGGCCUCGCACUCCCACUGGACUCGUAAGUCCUGCCAGUGGAGUCCCAUCUAGUCGCUCGCGGAUUCCUGUGUACGUGGGACCAGAUAUUAAAUCUCCUCAAUCUACAACGAGUAAUUUUUCAACUCAUUCCACGCAAAGCAACCACUCUACAAUUUCAACUGAUUCCACUGGGGGCAGCUCAGUCUGUACCAGUUCAGCAACUAACUAUUCAUCAGCUGUUAAAUAUGCUAGGACACGAACACCGUCCAGUGGUUCAUCAACGCCCUUGCCACCGGCGUCAAAAUUAUCGCGCAAACCUUCAGGAGCUUCAGAUACUUCAGUCUCAGCUCUUCCAAUCUCAUCACGCAAAGGAACCAAACCUACGGCCAUUGAUCAGAGAGCUCCAUUUAGAUUGUAAUUAACAUUUAACAUUAAAAAAAAAUUUUAAAUCGUUUACGCGAGACGUAUGUUUAUAUUAUCAUAAAAAAUUAUCACAAAUAUCGUGUUUAUAAAUUAAAAAAAAUAAAAAAAAAACUAGAUUAUCUUUGAUCGAGCUUUUCAUACUGUUUUUAAUCAAACGCAAUGCCAGUAAUUAAUAAGAGCAUCGCUAAUAAAUUGUCUACAUUGUCUAAAAAAAAUAAAAACUAAAAAAAAUAUUUAAAACGUAAUUUAAAAAAAAAUAUCGAAAAAUAGAAUUAACAUAUUUAAAUGUAGUGAAAAUAAUUAAAAAGAUUAUUAAAAUUUCUAUUUAUCAAGCAAGUUUAUUAAAAUAUAUAAACUAACUUGCAUAUUAAUUAUUAUUGAGCCUCGUUUGACGAAAUUAUAAAAGUUUAACGUUACUAAGUGACAACAGAUUUAUAAAUAAAUAAACUAUUGUAUAAUAUGAUUUAUUGGUCACAGAGAUGAACUUAAGUCAGUUAAUUAAAAUAUAAAUUUUUAAACAAACUAACAAGUGUUCCUAAUAGUACCGAAUUUUCGUUACCAAACGAAAUUAGUUCGUACAAACAAAAAAAAAACAGUCUCAUUACACAUUUGAAUGCCAUUUACAUAAGUAAUAUUUAUAAUUAUCACUUAUUAAAUAUUUAAUUAUGUAAUUAAUUUACGUUUACUUAAAAUAAUUAUUUGUUUAAUCUUUAUACUAAAACUUUGUUCCUAAUUUUUUUUUAUGUAUUAAAAAUUAUAUUUAAAUUUAAUUGUAACUUUAAAAAGAGAUUUUCUACGCGAGGGUACUGAUCCGGUUCGGGGAAAAAAACAUCAAAGGGCAGACCCGCGCGUAGACAUCUGUAAUUUUUAUUGUAAGAAAAUUAAUACUAUUACAUAUUAAUUUUUUAUUGGAACACUCAUGAUCUGAUAAAAAAAAAGUUCAAUUAAUACGCGAGGUUGCGCUUAAGUUUAAUGUUUUAUUAUUUUUUUUUUAAUAAAAUGUAAUAAUACAAAUUGUCCUAAAAAUUAAGGGCUAGGAUGUAUAAGUGUUUAGAUAUUAACAAAAAAUUAUUAUAAUUAUUAUUACUAGUGUACUUUUUAUUUUUGAUUCUUUGCUGUCACGAUGGACUAGAACAUUUGCAAUUAAAAUUUAUUGUUUAUUUUUUAUUUUUUCUAGUGUUUUUUUCUUUUUAAAAAAAUGCAAAUGCUCAAUCGUGAAAUAUUUAUUUGAAAAUUAUUAUUAUAAUUAUAAUUAUUAUUGAAAAGAGAAUUGAGUAAAAGAUAAUGAAGAGAGAACGUAUUAUGUAAAUAUUGGUUUGUUCUCUUGUUUGAAUAAUUAAAAAAUCCGCUGAUUAAUAAAUAAAUUGUAUGAGAGAUAGGGGUAGAAUAUUUAUUAUUCUGGCGGAAGUGUAGGAAAAAUGAAAAAAAAUCAAAGUUAGUUUUACAUUUAUGUGGCACAAAUGUAAACUGAUAUUUUUUGUUGAUUUAAUUUUUUUUUUUAAUUAGAUAUUUUGUAAGUUUUUAAAAAACUGCGAAGAACAUAAUAAAUUAAGUGCGAGAAAAUAAAAAAAAAGUGAAUAAAACAAAUAAGUCUGAGGUGAUGCCUCGUAAUCGUUAAUUAAUGAAGAAAAAAAUAUUUAAAAGACAUUUAUAAUUCUUUUAUAUUAAUUAUUAAAAAAUGCAACUAAUAUAA